GUAACUGUGUAUAUAAAGAGUGAGCCUUUAAGGAAAGUUUGUGCAGAACUUAGACAUGCUUUGCUCAAUGGCGAAUCACACUGCUUCCCCAUCCAUAUCUCUUUACUCAUUUUCUUUGGUAAUAACAGGUUUAGUUCUCUUCUCUUCCUUCAUUGAUGGAAAUGCAGCUGUUAAUCGCAACCUCAUGGCGCCACGAACACAUAAUUUUCACACCAUCAAAGUUAGUUCUUUGUUACCGGACUCUGUCUGCGACUCCUCUUCACAAGGUUACAAGCUGCCAUCCUCAUCAUCCCUGAAAGUUGUGCACAAACACGGACCAUGCAACAAACAACACAGAACAAAUUCUCCACCAUCACCAUCUCAAAUCCUGGCUCAUGACGAGGCCCGAGUUCAAUCAAUCAAGGCAAGGAUCAUCGCCUUGAACUCGGUUGGAAACACAUUCACAACCUCUGAAUCAGUCACACUUCCUGCCAAGUCCGGCUUAUCAUUAGACACUCUCAAUUACGUCGUCACUGUAGGUCUCGGAUCACCAAAGAAAGACCUCUCCCUUGCUUUUGACACCGGCAGUAGUCUAACAUGGACACAAUGCCAGCCCUGCGUCGAAUCAUGCUACAAACAGCGUGAUCCGAUCUUCGAUCCUUCAGAAUCCUCCGGUUACACAAAUGUCUCGUGCAAUACUCCAGAGUGUAAUCAACUCCAAAUCCGUGGCUGCAACGGGACUACCUGCCUCUAUCAAGUCGGAUACGGAGAUAAUUCGUACACAAUCGGUUACUUGGCUAAAGAUACAUUAACGCUAUCUUCCGCAGAAACCAUCACCGAUUUCUACUUCGGAUGCGGCCAAAAUAAUCAUUUACUUGGUUCCGACCAGGUUGCUGGAUUACUCGGACUCGGCAGAGAGGAAUCUUCAAUUAUUUCACAAACUUCAACGAAAUACGGGAAAAUUUUCUCGUAUUGUCUGCCUUCUAGCUCAAGCGGAUCUGGUUACCUAACAUUCGGGAAUUCAGGAAUUUCAAAUUCCGUACAGUAUAUUCCGCUCGGUAAUUCAAAUAAAUUUUACGUGAUUGAUAUUACCGGGAUCUACCUCAAUGAUCAAAAACUUGCCAUAAGUCCAACCGUGUUCUCUACCAAAAUAUCAAUCAUCGAUUCCGGCACCGUCAUCACACGCUUGCCGUCGGAAGCGUACACUACAUUACGAGACGCUUUCCGACAGCAAAUGUCCAUGUAUCCGAUGGGAAGACCGGAGAGCUUAUUCGACACAUGUUAUGACUUGAGUAAAUACACAGAAGUGAAUACUCCGAAGAUCAGUAUCGAAUUCGGCGGAAAUCAAAAAAUUGAGCUGGCCAUGACAGGAGUUUUGUAUGCAGUCAGUUCGUCGCAGAUGUGUUUGGCUUUUGCUGCGAAUAGUGAUACCAGUUUUCCUACAAUUCUGGGGAAUGUUCAGCAGAAGACAAUGCAAGUUGUUUACGACUUGGCGGGAGGAAAAUUAGGGUUCGGACCUAAUGGAUGUGCUUAGUUAAGUUACUCCCUCUGUUUUUUUUUAUAUAUGAGGCUUUGACUUUUGGCACAUACUUUUAAGUGCUUUGACCGGGUAGUUAAAAAUAUUAUUUUUUGAAUUUUCUUUUUUUGAAUAAAAAUUUUGAUUA